UUCCAGAUCCAAAGUCCACCUAAUCUUUAUAUCUCUGUCCCGAACAAAAUCCCAACCCCAUCUUUCCUUCGCUCCAAUCUCUCCGAUCCAAUUUCCUCCCAAUCCAAAACCCUUCUCUCCAAUUCAUGGAUAGAGAACCUGAAGAACUCCAAUUCCUUGGAGUCUUUGGCAUCUACAAAGAAGCCUACAAGAUCUUCACAACAUGUCAAAAGAUCUUUUCCAAGAUCACCCUAGCUCUAAUCCUCCCUCUAUCCUUCAUCUUUUUAGCCCACAUCCAAAUAUCCGAUCUCCUUUUCUCCAAGAUCGACCACAACGAAGAAGCCCUAGACACCACCCAGGUUGGAAGUCCCACUCAAAAAGAGAUCCUCCACCGUCUAUCUUCCGAAUGGACCACCUAUAUAUUAUUCAAGGCCGCUUAUCUCGUCCUCGUCCUCAUCCUCUCUCUCCUAUCCACAUCCGCCGUCGUCUACACAAUCGCUUGUGUUUACACAGCCAAGAACCUAACCUUUCGAAAGGUCAUGAGCGUCGUCCCUAAGCAUCGUCUGGCAUCUGGCCAGCGUCAUAUCAGUAUUAGAGGAUGUUUAUGGACUUGCAGCGAUGCAGAAGAGCAAAUCAUUGAUUAAAGGCAAGGCAUGGGUUGCAAGUGUUAUUUUUCUUAAGCUCAAUGUCGCUGUGACUAUUGUCCAUAUAUUGUUCGCGAUCUUUGUUGUACAUGGGGAAUUUGUUGGUCCCAUCGCUCGGAUUGGGUGUGCGAUCGUGUUCUUCCUUUUGCUAUCGGCGUUGAUCCUUAUCUGGCUCGUAGUCCAGACCGUAAUUUACUUCGUUUGCAAGUCUUACCACCAUGAAAACAUCGAUAAGUCGUGCUUGGCGGACCAUCUUGAGGUUUACUUGGGAGAGUAUGUUCCCCUUAAUGAGAAAUCAGUGCAAUUGGAGCAGCUGUAUGUUUGAUUCCGUUCUAUAGCAGAAAGGGGAAGUUCUACUUCAGUGUAUUAAUUUCUUAUGGAAUUAUGGUUAGCUAAAAUUGUGUUGUAUUAUAGUUGAGAAACAUGUUUGAUAAGGCAAUGAAAUGCUUGGAGAUGUUAUACAA